CCCCCACCCCUUUCUCUCGCCACGCUCCCGGACGGGGCAUGGACCUCAUCUCGGGAGUCGUUAAUGAAAGUGACACCCCGCUAUGCUCCAUAGCCCGGGCUGUGUGGUUCGCCACCGACAGCCUGGGAGUCUUUGGCGUAGGCAGGUACGCGGUGGUCCUGCCGAUGCCUUGCUGUGGGGGGCGCUCUAUGAAACAUUUGCCUUGCAAAUAUAUUCCUGACUUUUUGUCAGAUCGUCAGGUGUCGCGUGUCUGUGGUACUAGAAAGUGGGGCUGCGAUUUCUAAGCAAGUACAUCAGCGCUGGUUCCGUUUGUUCAGCAGUGAAGUGCUGCUUCUGUUUUCCGGCUCAUGUUCGUUACGUUACGAAGGUUGUCGCAGAUGCCUUCUGCAGUCCAACACGUGCACGCUGUAGACAAGCAGUUCAUGCCUGAUGCUCGCCGUGGACGGGGGGGCAGAUCGACAGAAUUUGCUCCCGUGAUGCUCCGUGGCUUGGCAGAGGGUUUGGGCUCCUCAUUAAGCGGCUGCGACACAGUGGGGGCUGCUCUUUGCUUUCUGUUUGGCGUUCGGCCUUGGCUGCUCUCACUGGCCCCGGAGCUGUGGACUGUGCGCUCUAUGGCAGCCUUACCCGGCUCCGCCUCUCCACCGCCCCCACAACCAGGAAGUUCAUCCGCCCGUUGCCCUGCCAUAGCCUAAAGAGAGCGAUAGCGAGAGCCCGGGAAAAAUCAAGCUCUGGAUACGGCUAUUUCAGGAUAGAGUGUACCUGGCCAGGAUGGCGCUUUUCACAGUCUCCAUCUUUAUGCGGACGGGAAGCCUUUCAGACACCCGUAAAGUGAGCACGCCAUUCAAUUUACGGCUCUGGAGCGAAGGCCUUUGCGUCUUAUUUUUUCAUUACGUUUGGUGAUGGGAAGGAUGUAAUGGGAAUUGAGUGCGGCAUAGCAGCCUGUCCAAAGGCAUUUCUUUAUGUGACAUAAAUAUGCCGCCUUCUGGUUUCCUUUAUUGUCAUUCAUGUUGUCAGCAGUAAAGGCUUCAAACUCCCGGAAUUACCAUGAAAAAUGCAAUGCUGGCAGCCUAUGACUGGCCUCUGAUGGCGGGAAAUCGCGAGACGGUGCUUGUGGGUUGGAGAGCGUUUAAUGAGAUUAAACGCUUUAUCAAACGAAGGUCUAACCUUAAUUCGCGUCACAGCCAUAGGCCUGAAAAACAAGAAACAAACACUUUACAGGCAUGUAAUAUUCUGGGAUGAAGAAACUUAUCUCUUGAGCAUUGAUUUCAAGUGCAGUUGUGCAUAUAGGAACCAGUAAGCCAGAUCAAAUUGAAUUCUUCAGGUCAUGCUCAGUAUUACAGCUUUUUACACUUGAGAUAGCUUGUCAUGUGUGAAGAAUAUUAAAGGGGAAAUAUUUAAACUUCACUGUUGUUCUUUCAGCAAGCCUAUAAUGAAAGAAAAGUGUCUCAUGACUCUUGAGAAGUAAAGAUAGAAUGGACAAAUGUUGGCUGUACCUUUAGAGAUGGUGACUCAAUCUAACCUGGAUAUCCUCCUCUGACAUGAGCUGCACAGCGGGAAACCACAGAGGAUAAAUAUUCAGUUUCACUGCGUAAAGGCAUUGUCUGGCACUUGGUGGCGGUAUAAAUUGCCCAGGGAAAUAACGUUUGUCAUAUAACUGGCACAGAUCCCCCGGGUGCCCGUUUACCGAGAAGCGCGACUCUGCGCUGUCGCUACUCACUUCAUUUGUCACCCCUAAUGCCUGGCCUCGUCCAUCCGCUGCCCCGUGUCUUCAGCGUCUCCCCGUGAACGUCGGUGCCAUCGUGUAGACAGUGCACCCCAGAGCAAGAAGUUGUCAGACCUCAGAAAUACUGCGUGCCAUUUCACUUGAUUAUCUUACUGCUAAAAGCUAGGAGAGGCUACAUGUUUCCCAUGUAGUAGGACUGGGUCAGUAUGUGGCUUAACCGCUUCUGUGCCUGUGUUUGGAAGCUUGCUAGCCCCCUUAGUUGGCGAGUGAUUUUACAGUUGGGCCUUUGAGUGAGACUCUUAACCCCCUAUUGCUCCAGGGACUGACAGACCCUGCUCUUAAAAAUUCUGGGUAAAACCAUUUGCUAAAUAUAUUAAAAUGUGUCACCUCCAGUCACACGACAGUACAUGUGUGUGAAUCUCUCUCAAACCCAAACAUUGGAAACCUACAGAGCCUUCCCUGAAAGGGGCCCCUCGUGGUUCGCACCCACGACUUGUGCGUGACGGGAUCUGUCAUCGGCAAAUGGCGAGAACAUGCCCCGCGUGCGCGGGCGAGCAAGCGAGCUCUCCCUCCCCGUAAAGGCGGCCGUCCGCCAGACGUGCGGCUCAUUUGUCACGUUGGGAGCGGCGAGUCGAACUGGCUGCCUUUUUUUUCUUUCUUUCUUUUUUUCCCUCUUUUUUUCCCCUCCCCUUUCACAUGCGCUCCCGUGGCUGCCUGCCUCUUCUCAGAGUGCCGCCGGUUCUGUGUGAGCUGCAGUGAACAGGGGGCUUCCCGCCCAGAUGCGAGCAGCGACCGCUGGAGUUGCUCCGAUCUUAAAGAGAGUCAUCACAAGGAGGAUUACGCUCGGGCAACGACGCACGCUGCCUCUGCCCUUCAUACGGCACGCAUUCUUGGGCACUCUCUCUACCCCCUCUCUCUCCCGCUCCUCAAAGGACACUAAAUCUGACUGGCGUCGCGUGAGUAGAAGCUGGAUAGUAAAAUGUGGACCAGCUUUCUCAGCAGAGGAAGUUCAUGCCAUAGCAACACGCUUCCUGCGCUGGUGCGGACACCUCCUCUGAUGAUGCAGUCCACGCUCGAUAUAAAACCGUUCAUGUCCUUCUCAGUGGAUACGAGUUCUCCCGCCGGGCUCUUCCCCAAUUUCAACACGAUGGACCCUGUGCAGAAAGCUGUGAUCAACCACACGUUCGGGGUCUCCAUCCCUCCAAAGAAAAAGCAAGUUAUUUCCUGCAGCAUCUGCCAGCUGCGGUUUAAUUCAGAUAGCCAGGCCGAGGCACACUACAAAGGCAGCAAACAUGCCAAGAAGCUCAAAGCACAGGAGUCUACGAAAAAUAAGCAGAAAAAUGCUUCUUCCAGGGACAAGGCAAAGACAAUCACCAGCUCCGCGGCAGGCACUGCCAACAACCCUGACCAACCAGAAAAUAACGAGGCGACCCCCACUGUGCCUAAAGCCGCCACUCUUCCUAAACCUUUUGCCCCCGCUGCUGGCGCGGUCCCGGUGCUCAGCCUCUGCAAGCCUGCGCCGGAGCCUGUGGCUGCCCUCCCCCCUGUCGAGACGCCGGCGCAGACGCCUGCAGCCACCGAUGAGUCUGAGGAGGAAAAGGCCAAGAAGCUUCUUUACUGUUCGCUAUGCAAAGUGGCCGUCAACUCGCUCUCCCAGCUGGAGGCUCACAACUCAGGUUCGAAGCACAAGACCAUGCUUGAAGCCAGAAACGGAGCCGGCCCCAUUAAGGCUUAUCCCAGACCGGGCUCCAAGCUGAAGGUCCAGGCUGCUGUGACGAAGGGGUCUGGGCUUCAAAACAAAACGUUCCACUGCGAGAUCUGCGAUGUCCACGUCAACUCGGAGAUUCAGCUUAAGCAGCACAUUUCUAGCAGAAGACACAAAGACAGGGUGGCUGGGAAACCCAUAAAGCCCAAGUACAGCCCCUAUAACAAGCAGCAACGUAGCACCAACACCUUGGCAGCCAAACUCGCAUUCCAAAAAGACCUGGUGAAGCCACUGUCGCCAGCUUUCAUUUCGGCCCCGUUCUCCGCCACGACGGUGCCCUCCAUCUCCCUGCACCCGCGACCCAACACCUCCCUCUUCCAGGCGGCUGCUCUUCCAGCCUCCUUCCUCCGAGCCGCCCCUGGACCCAUUCGACCAGCGGCGGGUUCCAUCCUAUUUGCUCCUUAUUAAUCCCUUCACCCACACUAGAGUGGAGGCCGAACCUCCUCAGGCUGAGCGACCAUUCCAGAAGGGCCUCUUCAGUGCCGUACGUCAUGCAGUGGAGGUCCCAGCUGCACCCAGAGCAACAUGGAUUCUUCCAUGACUUGACAGGACUGGGAGUGCUUCAGACGACAGUGUGUUGAUUUAGCUUAUUUUCCCUCAACGGUGUUGUCCAAGCGACUGAACCAAAUUGGAUCGACCGAGGGCUUGUACAUGUGAUACAUUAGGAAUGAAGAACAUCAAACUGCUUCCUGAAUGACUUGAAGUUCCACCGUCUUCCGAUUCAAUGACAAGUGACAGCUUCACCUACCCAUGUAAUGUGGUUUGCCACCAUCUCAUAGGACAGUGUGCAAAAUUCAAUCACAUCAUGAUGUUGUCAGGGAUUGUAUAAUGCUGUUUGGGCCUAAGUGCUGUUGUGUAUUGUUGUAGUUAAUGAGCUAUAUUUCGUUUUAUUUAUUGCCUACUGAUUCUAUGUUUUUCUCUGCACAAACACCUCAGAAGAGAACAACUCCCAGAUAGCCAUAAUAAAUCAUGUCUCAGUAAAAGUAUUUUCAGCAUAUGCUUUUGAAGGAGGUUACAGUUCAAAUUCUCAGUGGGUUGGACUGGUAACUGCAGUUAAAGUUAAAGAAAAAAGGUAACAUAUGGCAAUUAUCCAUUAUCUUACCUGCCUGUUUUUUGGCAGGGAAUUCAUUGGCCUUUCAUUACUUUGCAAUAGUGUAACAAUAGCACGUUACCUUGCAGCCCCACAGCGCAAUAAUGUACAGAUCAUUAGAUAUUUAUAUUCAUUUUAGUGUGUUUAAUGUUUACUGUGCAAGUUAAAAGAAUUGUAUUGUAUGGGGGCAGAGAUAAAGUGCUUAGAUACAGUGAUUUGUAUUUUUAGAACCUUAAAAACAUCCAUACUAAGAAUUACAAAGAGUCAUUCAUUUAAAUGUAGGAUAACUGUUUAGUGUUUAAUAUGUAUGUACAACACAAAAAGACAUCUACCUGUAAAUGUACCUUUUCAAUAAAACCGUAGAUUUAAAUUGUUUGUUCUCAUAUUAUAAAUUGAUUUUGUAUUAUAGAAUUCCAAAUAUAUAAGUACAAUUCCCACUUUGAAAAGAGUUUAUAUGAAGCUGAUCUCAGUUCAGAAAUUAACAGAGCUAUAUAAAGGUCUACAGCUGACUUGUAUUUAGUAGCAAAGCAUGCUAAUGUAAGAAGAGUAAAUUCAUAUUUUUUUCUGUAUGAUAUGUACAGUAUUUAUUUUUGGAAAAUUUUCUAUUUUGCAAAGAGUACCAAUACUGUCUUCAUUAAACUAGUUUAGAGAUAAGUAAUUGGAAGGAUUGUUUUCUAAUAAAUGGUUUCAUUUAUGUCCUUUUUUAAAACCCAAUGUUACAAUAAUUCAUUUGUAUUGGAAGCAUGUACCACUUCAGUCAACUUAAAAAAAAAUCUGUAUUUCAUGAACUUAAACGAUGUUCAAUUAACAUUUAGCCAACAGCACUUUUUGCAGAGGAAAAAAAAUGCAAAGGACACUACUCAAGAAAAACGAUGUUUACAUGCAUCAACAAAAGUGAUUCAUUCACAGUACCUCAAUAUCGUAAUUCCUGCUUUACGGAAUUUCUCUGGACAUGUUAUCUUAGGGGCAGACAUGAAAGAGAUUUUCCUCAGCUACUAAGGACUUAGAGCAAGUGCUUGUGUCAAAUGCUGUAAUAAAAGUCACCUAUUGACACCUUUGGUAGCAUGAUCAAAGACAGUAUCUUUUGUUGAAUUAAACUACCAAAAAAAAAAAAAAAAAAUGCCAUAUCAUUGUGGUUCAUGGUUCUUUUUCCACAACUAGCCAUUCUUUAUCAUCCAAAAUCUGUGUUAACUACAUAAUUAUUAUAAGUAAAAUGAAGUUUCUCGACAUGUCCUUCAAUUUCAUUUCAUAGAAAAAUACACAGCUAUUGAAGAAGGGUUAGAUUUAAUGUACCAGUAAAUUGUUUUUGAUGUUAUUCACCUCACCUAUCUAUGUGUUUGAUUUGGUGACAUUUCUGUCCCUUCAUAAAGGGCAAACGAUCUUUACUGUUUAUGAUUUUGUCUUGUGGCUUAUAGCUUAAGCAUUUUCUCAUUAAAUGUUUUAACAUCAACGUCUUCUGUUGUCAGAGUUUGGACAGAUUCAGGGUUAGACACGUAAUAUUAAAUAAAAAGAAAGAUCCUCU